CGUUCAGUGCGCAUGCUACAGGCAGGCUACAGGAAGUCUGCGUGCUGUGUACACAGUACAGUUUGCAUGCGCAGAUCUCGGAAUACAGGACACUGCAGGUGAUCUGUACUCUUCGCAUCAACGAUAUUCUGAGCAACUUUCAUUUGGUAUUGAAUCUGACCACCAGCAGUUGGCACAAGAAUAAUGAUUGGGUUAAAGUGCUACUUCUCUCUUCCUGUGGCAGCAGGGGCUUUAUUUGUCGUACUCCCUUACAGUAUAUCUCUGGUUGCCCAAUGGCUUUAUGGCUGGCCCAAUAAACCUGGGUACCAAAAAUACAUAGAAGCUCUCAAACCAAGGCGCAUAUACUGUUUGACAAGAGCCGUGCUUGAGAUGCUGAAGUAUCUGCAGUAUGGGAAACUGUAUUUUCAGUGGAAAUUGUGGUACAAAAAUGACAAAAAUAACAAGCACUAUGUGAAAGGCAUCACCUUUGGUCGCAGAGGUAACAAACUAGAUUUAUACUAUUCACCAAAUGUGGGCCGUUCCGAUGCUGGUCCUGUACCGGUGGUUAUAUUUGUGUAUGGAGGUGCCUGGGGCUCAGGAGACAGAUCCAUUUAUUGUCUUUUAGCUCUACAAAUGGCAAAAGAGCUUAAUGCCUCUGUAAUUUGUCCAGAUUAUUCCAUAUAUCCAAAGGGAAAUGUUUUAAAUAUGGUUCAAGAUAUUUGUGACAGUUUGCUGUGGGUGAGAGAAAAGGGCCAAACUUUCAAUCUUGACAAAGACAACAUAGUUUUAAUGGGCCAUUCUGCAGGGGCUCAUCUGUGUGCCCUUACAACACUGUUUCUAUUAAAUGGUGAAAAAGAGCUGUUCAUUGAGAAUCACAAACAGAGAGAACUUGCAUCUGCCAUUAAAGGACUCAUCGGUCUAAGUGGAGUGUACAAUAUAAUGGAUCAUUAUAAACACGAGAAAAUGCGGGGUGUUGAGUACGUGUCAACUAUGCACAAAGCUAUGGAUGGGAUGGAGAAUUUUGAGUAUUACUCACCGACAUCAUUACUCGAGAAAUUCAAUGAGGAUCAGUUGAAACGAGUUCCUCCAGUGACAUUACUUCAUGGAAGCAGUGACAUCAUAGUACCAGUGGAGUCAUCAGUGAGAUUUUCUGAGCUGCUCACGUCUCUUUCUGUUAGGAUGUCUUUUUAUCUAAUACCUAAAAUGAACCAUACUGAGAUGGUCACUGACCUUAUGGCACCAGACAGGCACUUUUACCACACUGUUUAUGGCUGUAUUAAACAGGAAUACAGUAAAUUUUAGAGUUAUGUUAUCACGUCAUGAAAUUACUAAUAUUUAAUUUACAAAUAGUGUUAUUUUAAAGUUUACAUUUUAAUUGUUUAAUUUUAUGUUCACUAAUGUCACAGUAUGCCUCAUUUACAACGUAUGUUAAAUACAUAUUUGUACAAGAUGGUGAAAACUUGUUAGUUAUGUGCUUGUUAUCUGUCUAAUAAAUUGUACUUAAAAAUCA